CACGGGAUUGCAGUCUACCUUGCAAACAGAUCGAUCUUCCUCGCAAGUCGCAACAACGAUGGUGAGCACCAAUGCCGGUGUGACGGCAAGCAAGCAGGCAUCGUCCAUGGCCCCGAACCCGGGCAAGGCCACGAUCCUCGCCCUCGGCCACGCCUUCCCGCAGCAGCUGGUCAUGCAGGACUACGUCGUCGAAGGCUUCAUGAGGAACACCAACUGCGACGACCCGGAGCUCAAGGAGAAGCUCACCAGACUCUGCAAGACGACGACGGUGAAGACGAGGUACGUGGUGAUGUCGGAGGAGAUCCUCAGGAGCUACCCGGAGCUGGCACAGGAGGGCCAGCCGACGAUGAAGCAGCGGCUGGAUAUCUCCAACAAGGCGGUGACGCAGAUGGCGACGGAGGCGUCGCUCGCCUGCGUCCGGUCGUGGGGCGGCGCGCUCUCGGAGAUCACGCACCUCGUCUACGUCUCCUCCAGCGAGGCACGGUUCCCCGGCGGUGACCUCCAUCUGGCGCGGGCCCUCGGCCUCAGCCCUGACGUCCGACGCGUCAUGCUGGCAUUCACCGGCUGCUCUGGCGGCGUCGCCGGCCUCCGCGUCGCCAAGGGCCUCGCCGAGAGCUGCCCGGGCGCGCGCGUCCUCCUCGCCACCUCCGAGACCACCAUCGUGGGGUUCCGCCCGCCCAGCCCCGACCGCCCCUACGACCUGGUCGGUGUCGCCCUCUUCGGCGACGGUGCCGGCGCGGCCAUCGUCGGCGCCGACCCGACCCCGCUCGAGCGCCCGCUGUUCGAGCUCCACUCGGCGCUGCAGCGGUUCCUCCCCGACACCGACAAGACCAUCGACGGGCGGCUGACGGAGGAGGGCAUCAAGUUCCAGCUCGGCCGCGAGCUCCCCCACAUCAUCGAGGCCAACGUGGAGGCCUUCUGCCAGAAGCUUAUGCAGGAGCACCCGCAGCAGCGCCAGCUGACGUACGACGACAUGUUCUGGGCGGUGCACCCCGGCGGACCGGCGAUCCUGACAAAGAUGGAGGGCCGGCUGGGGCUCGACGGCGGGAAGCUCCGCGCCAGCCGGAGCGCGCUCAGGGACUUCGGGAACGCGAGCAGCAACACCAUCGUGUACGUGCUGGAGAACAUGGUGGAGGAGACCCGGCAGCGGAGGGAGACGGCGACGGCGGAAGAGGAGGACUGCGAGUGGGGGCUCAUACUGGCGUUCGGGCCGGGGAUCACGUUCGAGGGGAUCUUGGCCAGAAACCUGGAGGCACGCGGGCGAGACUGGAAGCUGGAGUGAGAUGGAUAAGCACGAUUGCUUCAAGCCUUUAAUUUGCGAGCCCGCCAAAACCAUUUGGUUACGAGAUGUUUAAUCAACAUAUAUAUGUUUCU